AAUACAGACAAACAUGUCUUUACCAAUUUAUUCUUAGAAGAUCAAACUAGCUAGCAUUCUCUAACUCCCGCUACGUCCUUCUUCCUUUCAAAUUCCCAACCUUCUUUUGACCUUAUGCCAUGGAUGCACAACAAUUUCAGCUUCAUAUAGCAUUUUUCCCAUAUAUGGCCCAAGGUCACCUGAUCCCAACCAUGGACAUGGCCAGGCUAUUUGUCAGGCAUGGGGUGAAGGCAACCAUUAUAACUACUCCAUCUAAUGCACCUCUCUUCUCUAAAACAAUUGAAAGAGAUAGGCAAUUGGGUUUUGAAAUAUUUAUUCAGCUAAUGGACUUCCCUUCUGCAGAGGUUGGGCUGCCAGAAGGUUGUGAGAAUGCAAGUUCCAUCAACACACCAGAAAUGAUUUCAAAGUUUUACAGGGCUAUUAGCCUGCUUGAAAACCCACUCGAAAAUGUCUUGCAAGAUUGUCAACCCAAUUGUCUUGUGGCAGACAUGAUGUUUCCUUGGGCUACAGAAAUUGCAAACAAAUUUGGAAUUCCGAGGCUGGUUUUCCAUGGAGUUAGCACUUUUUCCCUUUGUGUAUUUGAUUCAUUGAGACGCUAUGAUAUCUACAAAAGCCUAGCAUCAGAUUUUGAUCCUUUCACAGUGCUUGGCCUGCCAAACCAGAUAAAGUUGACAAGAUUACAGUUGCCAAAUUAUAUUAGAGAGGAAAAUGAGCUUACAGAAGCAUUGGAUCAAAUUAUCCAAUCAGUGUUAAAGAGCUACGGAGUCCUGAUAAAUAGUUUCUAUGAGCUUGAACCAAAAUACUUAGAACACUACAGGAAUGUCAUGGGAAGAAAAGCAUGGCUAAUUGGCCCACUCUCUCUCUGCAACAAGGAGACUGAAGAUAAAGUACAAAGAGGAGACACAACCUCCAUUGAUGAACAUGAAUGUUUGAAAUGGCUAGCUUUAAAGAAACCCAACUCAGUUUUGUAUAUAUGUUUUGGAAGCAUGUUCAAAUUUCCACGUCCUCAAUUGCUUGAGCUUGCCAGGGCUCUUGAAGCUUCAGGACAAAACUUCAUUUGGGUUCUGAAAAAUGAAGGGAAAGAAGAAGAUCAUCAAUGGUUACCAGAAGGAUUUGAGAUGAGGAUGAAAGGGAAAGGUUUGAUAAUAAGGGGGUGGGCACCACAAUUGUUGAUCUUGGAUCAUGAAGCCACUGGAGGGUUUAUGACUCACUGUGGAUGGAACUCAACAUUGGAAGCAGUGGCUGCUGGGGUUCCAAUGGUCACAUGGCCAUUAUAUGCAGAACAAUUCUUCAAUGAAAAGCUAGUUACAGAAGUUCUGAAAGUAGGAACCAAUGUUGGUUCCCAAGAAUGGUCUACAUAUGAAAAGAAGAUUAUAAUUAAGAUGGAAGAUAUACGUAAGGCAGUGACUAUGGUAAUGGCUGGUGAAGAAGGUGAGGUGAUGAGAAAUAGAGCUAAGGAACUUAAAGAAAUGGCAAGGCAGGCUAUUGAAGCUGGAGGAUCAUCUUUCUCUUAUUUAAAUGCAUUCUUAGAAGAACUUAAGGCCAUCAACGUAUGAAAUUGUUUGGCAAUGAAUCAAAGAAGCCCGUAGAAUUUAUGUACAUCAAGAAAAUUCAUGCCUUUAUGUGUAACACAUUAAUGAGUCAACUUUAUAUUUUCAAAGUUUC